GCAGCGCAGCCCAGCUUGCCAGGGUUUAGGGUUUAGACAGUAAAUUGACAGUAAUUUCCUCGUGCAUGGAACACGAGGAAGAAAAGCAACACACUUCGAUUCAGGUCGAGGAAAGGGCCUCCACAGACGAUUACGUGUACGAUUGAAAGAUUUUUCGGCCAGUACAAUUAGAUAGGCAGUUAGUUUGGAGGUCGCGGAAAACAGCGAAGACCAUAGAAUCGUACGCAGUUCGAAGAUCUGCUGGAGGAUAAGUGAAUUUUGAAAGGAUCACAAUCAUACUGGAGAGCUGGAGUGAUCUGAUGAUUUGUGCGUAGAGUUUUGAAUGGAAGACAGGUUGGGAAGCAGCGGAAAUCGUACUUUUCCCGGUUACUUAUGAAGUUGACGGCCAGGGUUUAAUUGCAAGGAGGUCACCAUGAGGGAGGUUGUUUGUAAGGCGAUCGAUGCCGUGGAAUUUUCCUUUUACAACGAUGAGGAAAUCCACGCCAUCAGCGUCAAACACAUUACGAGUCCGGUUUUGUUCGACAAUUUGCGAAAUGCAGUACCUGGGGGCCUGUAUGACGGGGCUUUGGGUCCGUUGGACAAGUUUUCCAGUUGCAUCACAUGUGGACAGCAGCCAAUCAAUUGCCCAGGUCACUGUGGGCAUAUCAAUCUCAUGCUCCCUGUGUACAAUCCUUUGGUGUACAAAAAUGUGCUGAAAAUUUACCGCUCAGUCUGCAUCUACUGUCACAACUUCAAGAUGCACAAGAACAGGGUGACGCUUUUUUCGGACAAGUUGGAACUCAUUUCGCAAGGGCGAAUGGUUGAAGCCAUGAAUGUUGUAGUCAAAAAGGUGGAGAAUGAAGGUGAUAAUAUGGAAGAGAUUAUUCAAGGAGGAAGUUUUUCAACUGGACUUGAUGAGGAAAUGGGUGAAGAUGGGAGCAGCUACCGUGGAGAAACUGGAGACGAGGAUGUUGCAGCGGGUAAGCGGCAUUUCACUGCCAGCCAAAUUGAUGCCACGAAAGAAGUCAUUAGUCAAUUUAUGUCGUCAAUGCCCCCCAGGAAAUGCGAGAAUUGUUUGGCACACGUUCCUGCGAUCAGAAACGAAGGCGUUGGGAAGUUAUUCCAGUUACCUCUUCCAAAGGGUUCACUGGCUUCCAACAUAAUGAGAGGUCUUAAGUCUGUCAUAAACAUUGCUUCUGGCAAUGAUGAUACAGAAAGAGCUAAAGACGAGGAUGUUGAGAUGGAAGAGAAUGAUAUCAGCGAGAACGCCAUCGAAGAGAUUGACGAAAAGAAGAUAGAUCGAAAGAUGCGUGAAACCGACCAGGCUGAUGUCCGGAACCAGACAAAGUUUCUUACACCCUCGGAGGUCAAAGAGCACCUCCGGCUUACAUGGGAGAACGAGGAGCGGAUUUGUUCACUUAUCUGGGGCGCCCAAGAGGCAUAUGGUUUAUUGACAAAAUCCAAGAAGGAUGUUUGCGGAUCAGACAUGUUUUUCUUGCAGACAAUUUUGGUUACUCCCAACAGGUUCCGUCCACCCAACAGAAUGGAUGAUCAAAUAUUGGAACAUCCUCAAAACAUAUUUUACAGCAGAGUAAUUCAAGCCAACAUCUCUUUGACUGAGUCUUCACGAGGAGCAAAGGGCGAUUUGAACUUUUCUAAAGCGACAGCGCUUUGGUUGAACCUUCAAAAUGCCGUCAAUGCUCUUCUUGAUAGUACUACUGCUAUCGGAUCUAAGGCUGAUGCUGGAGGAAAUGGUGUUCGGCAACUUCUUGAGAAAAAGGAGGGUCUCUUUCGCAUGAAUAUGAUGGGAAAGCGUGUAAAUUUUGCGUGCCGUUCAGUUAUCUCUCCCGAUCCCUACAUCGCCGUCAAUGAGAUUGGGAUUCCUCCUUACUUUGCUACACGUUUGACAUAUCCUGAGAGGGUAACACCUUGGAACGUUCAGCAACUGAGGGAUGCAGUGGAGAAUGGUCCGUCAACUCAUCCUGGUGCUACUCACGUUGAGGACGAAGACGGGAAAUUGACGAAUCUGGCUUCUCUUCCCAGUUACAAGCGAGCGGCAAUUGCCAAAACGCUGCUGUCCGCCUCUGGGCUGUCUGGUGCUAAUGUUUCACGGGGUGCAGAUGCCAGUUCAGAUGUCCCGCGAUCCGGGGGGAAGACGGUUUACCGUCAUUUGCGAUCUGGUGACAUUUUAUUGGUGAAUCGUCAGCCCACUCUUCAUAAGCCUGGUGUUAUGGCACACAAAGCUCGGGUUCUAAAGGGGGAGAAAACUCUUCGCAUGCACUAUGCAAACUGCAGCACGUACAAUGCAGAUUUUGACGGAGAUGAAAUGAAUGUCCACUUCCCACAAGACGAGCUCGGAAGAUCGGAAGGUUACAAUAUUGUUAAUGCUGAUGAGCAAUUCGUGGUUCCUACCAGUGGCGAUCCAAUCCGAGGUCUUAUUCAGGAUCAUGUCGUUGGGGCCGUAUUGCUUACCAAGCGGGAUACUUUUCUUACAAGGGAGGAAUACAUGCAGAUUGUUUACGCCGCAGUUGUGUCUUCUACUUCUCCAACAUUAGCUAAGAAGAAGUCUGCCCUUGGAAUGAUCGAACGAGAUCGUCCGAUUAAAACUCUUCCCCCAGCCAUUCAGAAACCCAAACAACUCUGGACUGGGAAGCAGGUCAUGACAACUGUUUUCAAUUAUAUUACCCAUGGGAGUCCACCUUUUUCAAUGUCAGCUGGUAUUAAGACGCCGAAGGAAUAUUGGGGACUCAAUAGUGGUGAAAAUAUUGUCCUCCUUCAAGACAACGAGUUGAUUUGUGGAGUAAUAGACAAAGCUCAGUUUGGGAAGUACGGAAUCGUGCAUGCCUUCCAAGAACUAUAUGGAUGCGCCGGUGCUGGAAAAUUGUUAUCGGUGUUCAGUCGUCUGUUCACGAAUUACUUACAGAUGCAUGGGUUCACCUGUGGGAUAGGUGACUUGCUACUAGUUCCCAAGGCUGAGAAGGAGAGGCGUCACAAGUUGCGGAAGGCUGACAAACUCGGGGAUAGUGUGCAUGCUAAAUUCAUAGGAGAUCCGGAAACACAAGCAGAUAUUGAUGUUGAGAGAGUCAAAGAUCAAGUUGAGAAGAUUCUGAGGGCGAAAGGAGAGCCGGCUAGCAAUCGACUUGAUAGGAUGAUGUCCGGAGCUUUGAACGGUGUCACGUCCGAAGUGAACAACGCAAUGUUUCCCAAAGGUCUCAUGAAAGCUUUUCCUGGAAAUUGGUUUACAAUGAUGACUGUUACUGGUGCCAAGGGAGGACUGGUCAAUUUCACCCAGAUAUCUUCAUUACUGGGACAGCAAGAAUUGGAGGGGAAGCGAGUCCCUAGGAUGGUAUCUGGAAAGACCCUUCCUUGCUUUUCUCCAUGGGAUACUGGUGCCCGCGCUGGAGGUUUCAUCGGUGAUCGAUUUCUUUCUGGUCUCCGACCACAAGAAUAUUACUUCCAUUGCAUGGCCGGGCGUGAUGGACUUGUCGAUACUGCUGUCAAGACUUCUAGAAGUGGCUAUCUUCAAAGGUGUCUUGUGAAGAACUUGGAAGGCUUAAAAAUUCAUUAUGAUUACACUGUUCGGGACUCGGAUGGCUCCAUUGUACAGUUUAAGUAUGGAGAGGACGGAAUUGAUGUUCUUAAAACAAGCUACUUGACGAAGUUUGAACUGCUCGCCGAUAAUCAAUCGCUGGUAUCAAGGAGGCUCGGCAAGGACGAGAUGCAAACGGAACGAUCGAAGCAGAAGGAUACCAGCAGCCAAAGCAAAGAAACUGAGGUGGAAGAGGACAUGGCUCUUGGUGGUGUCUCGCCUGCCUUUAAUCAGAAAGUGGAAGAUUUUCUGAAAGGACUGCCUAAGAAGGAACUAAAACGUUUGAACUUGAGGAAGUCCAGGCAAAAAGACGAUUUUAAAUUUAUGAUGCAGCUGAAAUUUAUCACGAGUCUUGCUCCUCCCGGGGAGCCUGUGGGUGUUCUGGCUGCCCAGUCGGUCGGAGAGCCUUCCACACAGAUGACGCUCAACACCUUUCAUUUUGCAGGAAGGGGAGAAAUGAAUGUCACACUGGGUAUUCCCCGUCUUCGUGAAAUAUUGAUGACUGCUUCAGAAAACAUCUCCACACCGAUUAUGACAUGUCCAUUGAGAAGUCACUUGACGAAAGAGGAUGGUGAACGGCUUGCCAUGACAAUGAGGAGAUUACGUCUUGUGGAUCUUAUUGAGACGGUGGAUGUCGGGGAAAUCCCCUUCUCGGUUCAGCAAGGAAUACCUAAAAGAGUGUACAAGAUCAGGAUCAAGCUGUACUCACCAAAAAGAUUUCCUCCUGGCAUGAAUUUGACUCUCAAGGAGUGUGAGACAAUAUUACGUGACAGUUUUAUACCUAGAUUGGAGAAAGAAGUGAAAGCAGCAACUCGUGGCCAUUCCAAGCAGGAUGCCAUCGGGUUCGUGCCCUUGCGAGACCUUGGAGAAGGAGCAGGUGAGAGCGGUGCUGGGGUUGAUGACGAUGGCGUCUCGAAGGCAAGCAAGAAAGGUAAGGAGGUGGAUGAAGGAGAGCAGGCGGAAGAUGAGGAGGAGGACGAGGGCGAUGAGGAGGGUGCUGAUGCAGAAAAGAGAAAAUCGCAGGGUACAGAUGAACGAGGGUAUGCUGACGAAGAAGACGAUGAUGAGAAGGCCAUAGCCAAGGAUCUGCUCCAGGAAGAUGAACUAACCAGGGAGGAAGAGGUUGAAGAGGAAGAAGAUGGUGCUGGUGGUGGCAAAGCCAACGACAACAACGGGUCGGGAGAUCAACAGGCCAACACUGAAGAAGGCAUCACACCCAUGAAGUUGAAGAAGUUGAAAACGCCCAAGAGAGCAAACGACAACAUGUUGCAAAUGGAUGGUUCCACAUUCGAGAUGCAGUUUACUUCUUCGCAACAAACGAACCUGGUUUUAAUGCCCGAGCUGGUGGAGAAAGUCGCCAAACAGGUCUCGGUACGGUAUGUUAAAGGGAUCGACAAGUGCUCGGUAAUUGAAACCAAAGACAAGAAAAAUCCGGACGGGCCGCCUCUCUAUGCCCUCCAGACGGACGGAGUGAACUUAGAAGGGUUCUGGGCUCUACAUGACGACCUCGAUGUCAAUAACCUCACCACGAACAACAUCGCCACAAUUCUUCGUGUUUAUGGUGUGGAAGCUGCACGCCAGACCAUUAUGUCGGAGGUGCUGUCAGUGUUCGGUUCUUAUGGUAUAGGCGUGAACCCUCGUCACUUGAGUUUGAUAUCAGAUUUUAUGACCUGCCAAGGCGGGUACAGGCCAUGCAAUCGGCUGGGCAUAUAUUCCAGCCCUUCUCCAUUUUUGAAGAUGAGCUAUGAGACUGCAACUACCUUUCUCAUGGAUGCCACGCUGAAAAGGCAAAGAGAUAACCUUUCAUCUCCAUCCGCCCGUAUCGUUAUGGGCCGGGUGGUUGAAUCGGGAACCGGUUCCUUUGAGUUGCUACAGAACAUAGAUGCCUUUAUUGACGGCAAAGCUUAACAUCCCAACAUUGUCCCAUUUCUCAGUAAAUACAGAGUUUGUAUUAGCAUCAUGGAGUUUUGAGUUUAAAGCGAGUUCAAAACUACAAUUUUGACCAGUUUCACAUAUUUGCCUCGGCCG